CCGUCGGCCAAGAUGGCGGCCUACCUGCAGUGGCGGCGCUUCGUUUUCUUCGACAAGGAGCUAGUGAAGGAGCCACUGGGCAGUGAUGGGGCUGCUCCCGGGGCCGCGCCUGCCUCCGGAUCCACUGCCUCCAAGUUCUUUUGCCUCCCUCCUGGCAUCACUGUCUGCGACUCAGGCCGGGGGAGCCUGGUCUUUGGCGAUAUGGAAGGCCAAAUCUGGUUCUUGCCACGUUCCCUACAGCUUACAGGCUUCCAGGCCUACAAACUACGAGUGACACACCUGUACCAACUGAAGCAGCACAAUAUUCUAGCAUCCGUUGGUGAAGAUGAAGAGGGUAUUAACCCCUUGGUAAAGAUCUGGAACCUGGAGAAGAGAGAUGGUGGCAAUCCACUCUGCACUCGAAUCUUCCCUGCCAUCCCAGGAACAGAGCCAACUGUUGUGUCUUGUUUGACUGUCCAUGAAAAUCUCAACUUUAUGGCCAUAGUGUUUCUCUGUAUGACUCAAAUAGUUUUCAAUAGCCAGAGUCAGCCACCCAGGACAAGAAACGGAAAAAAAAAAGUCAGUUUCACAGAUGGCAGCGUUACAUUGAACAAAGGAGACAUCACCAGGGACCGGCAUAGCAAGACCCAGAUUUUACACAAGGGCAACUAUCCUGUUACUGGACUGGCCUUUCGCCAAGCAGGAAAGACCACUCACUUAUUUGUUGUGACAACUGAAAAUGUCCAGUCCUAUAUAGUUUCUGGAAAAGACUACCCUCGUGUGGAGUUGGACACCCAUGGUUGUGGUCUGCGCUGCUCAGCUCUGAGUGAUCCUUCUCAGGACCUGCAGUUCAUUGUGGCUGGGGAUGAGUGUGUCUACCUUUACCAGCCUGAUGAACGUGGACCCUGCUUUGCCUUCGAGGGCCAUAAGCUCAUUGCCCACUGGUUUAGAGGCUACCUUGUCAUUGUCUCCCGUGACCGGAAGGUUUCUCCCAAGUCAGAGUUUACCAGCAGGGACUCACAGAGCUCCGACAAGCAGAUCCUCAACAUCUAUGACCUGUGCAACAAGUUCAUAGCCUAUAGUGCUGUCUUUGAGGAUGUAGUGGAUGUGCUUGCUGAGUGGGGCUCCCUGUACGUGCUGACACGCGAUGGACGUGUCCAUGCACUGCAGGAGAAGGACACACAGACCAAACUGGAGAUGCUGUUUAAGAAGAACCUAUUUGAGAUGGCAAUUAACCUGGCUAAGAGCCAACAUCUGGACAGUGAUGGGCUGGCCCAGAUCUUCAUGCAGUAUGGAGACCAUCUCUACAGCAAGGGAAACCAUGAUGGGGCUGUCCAGCAGUAUAUCCGAACCAUUGGAAAGUUGGAGCCAUCCUAUGUGAUCCGCAAGUUUCUGGAUGCCCAGCGCAUCCACAACCUGACUGCCUACCUGCAGACCCUGCACCGACAAUCCUUGGCUAAUGCAGACCAUACCACCCUGCUCCUGAACUGCUAUACGAAGCUCAAGGACAGCUCAAAGUUGGAGGAGUUCAUCAAGACAAAGAGUGAGAGUGAAGUCCACUUUGAUGUGGAGACAGCCAUCAAGGUCCUCCGGCAGGCUGGCUACUACUCCCAUGCCCUCUAUCUGGCUGAGAACCAUGCACAUCAUGAGUGGUACUUAAAGAUCCAGCUGGAGGAUAUUAAGAAUUAUCAGGAAGCCCUUCGGUACAUUGGCAAGUUGCCUUUUGAGCAGGCAGAGAGCAACAUGAAGCGCUAUGGCAAGACCCUCAUGCACCACAUACCAGAGCAGACGACUCAGUUGCUAAAAGGACUUUGUACUGAUUAUCGGCCCAGCUUGGAUGGCCGAGGGGAUAAGGAGACUCCAGGCUACCGGGCCAACUCUGAGGAGUUUAUCCCCAUCUUUGCAAACAACCCCCGAGAGCUGAAAGCCUUCCUGGAGCACAUGAGUGAAGUGCAGCCAGACUCACCCCAGGGCAUUUAUGACACACUCCUUGAGCUGCGGCUGCAGAACUGGGCCCAUGAGAAAGAUCCACAGGUCAAAGAGAAGCUUCAUGCAGAGGCCAUCUCCCUCCUGAAGAGUGGCCGCUUCUGUGACGUCUUUGACAAGGCACUGGUCCUGUGCCAGAUGCAUGACUUCCAGGAUGGGGUCCUUUACCUCUAUGAGCAGGGGAAGCUGUUCCAGCAGAUUAUGCAUUACCACAUGCAGCACGAGCAGUACCGGCAGGUGAUUGCAGUGUGUGAGCGCCAUGGGGAGCAGGACCCCUCCCUGUGGGAACAGGCCCUCAGCUACUUCGCCCGAAAGGAGGAGGACUGUAAGGAGUAUAUGGCAGCUGUGCUCAAACAUAUUGAGAACAAGAACCUCAUGCCACCCCUUCUAGUUGUACAGACCCUGGCCCACAACUCUACAGCCACCUUAUCAGUUAUCAGAGACUACCUAGUCCAAAAACUGCAGAAACAGAGCCAGCAGAUUGCCCAAGAUGAGCUUAGGGUGCGGCGGUACCGAGAGGAGACCACCCGCAUCCGCCAGGAGAUCCAAGAGCUCAAGGCGAGUCCAAAGAUCUUCCAGAAGACCAAGUGCAGCAUCUGUAACAGUGCCUUGGAAUUGCCCUCUGUCCACUUCCUAUGUGGCCACUCCUUCCACCAGCACUGCUUUGAGAGUUACUCAGAGAGUGAUGCUGACUGCCCCACCUGCCUCCCUGAAAACCGGAAGGUCAUGGAUAUGAUCCGGGCCCAGGAACAGAAACGAGAUCUCCAUGAUCAGUUCCAGCACCAGCUCAAGUGCUCCAACGAUAGCUUCUCCGUGAUUGCUGACUACUUUGGCCGAGGGGUUUUCAACAAGUUGACUCUGCUGACUGACCCUCCCACAGCCAGACUCACCCCCAGCCUGGAGGCUGGGCUGCAGCGGGACCUGCUCAUGCACUCCAGAAGGGGCACUUAAGCAGCCUUUGGGAAAGUGUGUGACCCUGGGGCUAGACGGGGACCUGAGGCGAGCUGUUGUCACACAGAAAACAAGCAGACAUGCCCACAGCUCUAAUGGGAUGCCACUGCUUUCAGGUUACAAGGGGACUUGCUUUUCCUGCCCCCUUCUUUUGCCAGCCUGCUGUCCCUCCUAUUGACUAGUAGUAUAGAUUACUCCAGACCAGCAGGGGAGGGCACCUCAGCAAGCUCUGUAUGGACAAUAGCUGCUUUAUUCUCAAUUCAAGGGCACCAGGCUGUGCUUGGGUCCUUGCUCUCAGUGUCUAUAAAUAAAAGAAUAUAAUGACUUGAGGGUUGAGGAAUAUUUUUCUGGGGAUUUUUAACUAUGUAUAACAUAUUUCCUUUUAUUCUAGAGUGCUAGUUCCCUUUCUUGAUCAUGUUGACUCAUCUUAGUACUGGGUAGGGCCUGUGGCAUCUAGUAAGGUGAAAUUCAGCUUGUUGAAGACCCUCUUCAAAAGACCUAGUGACUGAACCCAAGAGCAACCUGGUCUGAGGCACCCAAAACAGCCCCUGCUCUUUAUUCUUUCUGGAAUCCAUAGCUUGUGUUCAGGAGAACUAUUCAAGCUGGAGGCAGAUUCUGGGAGGGAGCCUUGGGCCUAGCCUGCCCUUUUUUUUUUCCCCCUUCCUUUGGUGGCACUAGGGUUUGACUCAGGGCUUUGGCCUUGCCAGAAAGCACUCUACCACUUGAGCCACAUUCCCAGCUCCUAGCCUGCCUUAACAGAUAGGUCAGUUUCUUGCUUUACUCAGUAUCAGAUGUUAAGAUAAAAGACAACGUAGUGAAAUAUUUUCCCUUUGAAGUUGUCAGCUAGUUGGUGUUACUGAGUGUCCCUAUGUAAUUUGGAUUAACAUUUCCUAUCAGAAAAUUGCUCCUAUGGGGUUGUUAAAGGAAGUAACAUGGACAUUGUGAUUUAAGUAG